AUGUCUCUCAUCGAUCAAUUUUGUUAAAAUAUACUAGAAUUUAAAGGCACAAUGGUAGAAGCAUAAGAUUUAGUCAAAACAUUUUUAGCAGACAUAAUGAUUAACAUAUUUGGAGUAGAAUAGAGACUCUAACAAUAAGUGUUUAGAAAUUGUAAUAAGAAUUGGAAAGUUGUGGAAUAAAACUUAAUUGAUUAUUUUCAAAGUAAGAAAUCUUUGUUUUAUUAAAGAUUCUUCAAUUCCUAUUUAAAGUCUUUUUAACGAAAACAAAUAUAAAAAUGAAGGCUUUAUCAGCAGCGAUGAUGAGGAAACCAUUAAGCAUAGUAAAAGAGCACUAAUUAAGAGAACUAAAUCUAUAUUUAAAGAGGCUCCAAAAAAUGAUAAUUUCAAAGAUGAGUAAAUUCGAAUAAGAGAUUAGGUAAUUCAAGAUAUGACUAUUGGGUAUUAUAAGGAUAUUUAGCACCUUAAAGAAAUGUUCUUAAGAAAAGAAAGAUAACAAGAUGAUGACAUUUUCGAUGCCUCAUACUAUGAUAUUACUAAAUCUUUUCCCCCUGAAGUACAAUUUUACAUCUAAUAAAAAUUAAAAGAAAUGUCAUAAUAAGCUAAAUAAUAGUAAACUAAAUUAUAGAAUUAAGUCAAUUAGUAACAGAUUGAAAUUGAUAAACUCAAAAAAACUAUUAAUCAAUUAGUUUCAUAGGCUGAUAUUAUUUAAUAAAUUAAAACAAUUUUAAUAUUGGAUAGAGAUUUGAAUCGGUUUUGGAGGGGAGUUUAAGAUGUGAUAGGUAAUUAAUAAAUAUUUGAAAUCUUUGAAAAAAGACAAGCUGGAUAUGGAAUCGAUUACAAGUAAAUAGAUGAAUUGAUUCACCAAUCUUAAGCAUAAUUUAGAUUGUUUUAAGACUAUAAAUAAAAGAUUGAUGGUAAUGAAGGUUUUUUAUUAAAAUAGACUAAUAUCUUUUAUUUACAGCUUAAGUUGACAAAGAAUUAUAAUCCUUAAGAAAUCAAGUAAAGUUAUUAACUGAUAAAUAAAAUGGAUAAGAAUUAGAUAAAGAAAAAGAUUUUGUUUAAAUAAGAUAAGCAUUAAAAUCUGGAAUUGAUGAUAUUUAUGAAAUGAAAGUAGCAGAUAGUAUUUUUUCUAUUUAAAAUCUUAGUUAAAGCCAAUUUUGUUUAAAAAUUAGAAUAUUACUCUGAAACCAUAAUGCAAAAAGAUAUUUUAUCUUAAGUUAGAAGAUGUAUCAAAAGUCAUGCUCUUUAUAAAUGGAUGUAUUUAGCAAAAUGCGAAAAAUUGUAAAAGCAUAAAAUUCUUCGAAAAUCUUAAUCUGGAUCCAUUAAUUUUUUUGAUGUUUCUUCUAAUCCAAGAGGAUUACUAGAUUAAAGAACUGAGAAUAUCAAAAAAAAAUUAAAACUUUUAGAGUAUAAUCUAUCUGAAGAAUAAUUAUAAUCUUAACAAUUGAAUAUUGAACUAAACUAAAUGAAAAAUAAAUACUAAUCUAUUUUAAUAAAUUAUGAAAUGUAGCUUCAUAAAUAUCUUUAUUUGGAAUAACGUUCACUAUAUUUAGAAAAUUAAAAUAAAUAUUUUGAAAAAAUAUUCUCUCUAUUAAUGAGAAGGUUGGGAUAUCCUCAAUUCGAAGUAAAUGAAAGGAAUAUUAAUAUUUUAUUAGAAAAAGCUGAUUCUCAAUUAAAAUAGUUUUUUACAAAAAUUAAUUAAAUUUAAAAUAAAGACAUAGAAGAUAUAAAUGAAUUAACAACCUAACUUAUUAAAAAAACAAUUAUUAGAAAUAAACUUCAUUAAUAUUAAAAAUCUACAUCAUUUUGUUAAACUGAUAUAUUUGAUGUUUCUAUAAAGAUUGAAGAAUGUGUAAAAUUAAUUGAAUAAAAUUAAUUACAAUUACUAUAAAUCUAGGAGUAAUAACGUAUUCAAGCAGAAUUAGAAUAUUAAAAAGAAUAAGAAUAUUAAUAAUUAAAUAAUGAUGAAAUACCAAAUAUAUUACUAUCUGAUAAUGAAGAAGAGCCAAAAGAUUAAAUGCUUGUUUAUAAAAUAAGUUAAGAAAGAUCAACAGAAAUAGAUACUAAUAACAUGAAUUAAUCUGAUUUUGAUACUAAAUUAAUAAAUCCUCCAAAGACUGCUGAUAAUAAAUAUAAAUGUUAGAAAUAAUUCACUUUUUUUUAAAAAAAAAAAAACUUAUGUAUGUCAACAAAGAAUAAAGAAAUAUAGACUGAGAUUUAAGUAGAUUGCAGAAUGAAUUUAGUAAAUAAAAUAUUUAUAAAUGAGUAAAAUUUUGAUUUAUCUUUAGUUUAGAUGAAUUUAAAAAGAAUGUUAAAGAAAAACCAAUAAUUAAAGAAAUGAAAAAAGCACCUUAAUAAUCAAGACCUGAUUUAUAGAAUACAUUUGCAUCAUUAGUCUCCUAAUAGAAUGUAUAUAAAAAUAGAAAACAAAAUAAUAAUCUAUUUUUACAGUCGAUAAAUCAUAAGCCAAUUCAGAUAAAUUGUUAGUAGAAAUUAAAAACGGAUUCAUCAGGUCUUGAAAUUGAUUAGAAUAUAACUUUUACCAAUGAUAGAAUAAAAGUUGUAUAUACGCCUAAUAAAAAGAAAGUAAGAAGUGUUAGUAAAAAUGUUUGA